AUGUCGAUUGAAUCUACUAAUUCGUUACAAGACCUUGACUCUGCAGAGAAAGUCAACUCCCAACUCCAAAGCAAAUAUACCGAAAGAGCAGAUGCUCCUCUAACAUGGAAGACCUGGAUCAUUUGCGGGUUUGGUUCCUUUGGAGGUAUUUUCUUUGGUUACGAUUCUGGUUACAUUUCUGGUGUCAUGGGUAUGGACUACUUCAUCACAGAGUUCACCGGUAAGGUCAAAGGUGGGCCUGAACCUUUUGUUUUAGACGCAUGGCAGAAGUCUCUUAUUACCUCCAUUCUAUCUGCAGGUACUUUCUUUGGUGCCUUGUUUGCCGGAGAUACAGCAGAUUGGUACGGUAGAAGACUGACUAUUAUCUGUUCCUGUAUUAUCUUCAUUAUUGGUGUUAUUCUACAGACAGCAUCCUCCACUGUGGCUCUUUUGGCCGUUGGUAGAGUCAUUGCCGGGUUUGGUGUUGGUGGUGUCUCCUCGACGAUCAUCUUAUACAUGUCAGAAAUCACUCCAAAGAAAGUGAGAGGUGCAACUGUUUCAGGUUAUCAGUUCUGUGUUACUCUUGGUUUGUUAAUUGCUUCUUGUGUCGACUAUGGAACAAAGAAUAGAACCGAUUCAGGAUCGUAUAGAAUCCCUAUUGCCUUACAGAUGUUAUGGGCAAUUAUUUUGAUGGUUGGUUUGUUCUUAUUACCUGAAACCCCUAGAUUCUUUGUUAAAAAAGGUGAUAUUGCAAAAGCCGCUAAGGUUUUAUCCUUCUUAAGACAACAACCAGAAGAGUCUGAUUAUGUUCAAGAGGAAUUGGCAGAAAUCAUUGAGAAUCAUGAAAGAGAAUCGGCAUUGAUUCCAACACGUUCCUACAUCCAAUCAUGGACCGCUUGUUUUACAGGUUCGCUAAGAGACCAAUCGUCCAAUUUAAGGAGAACCAUCUUGGGUACCUCAUUACAAAUGAUGCAACAAUGGACCGGUAUCAAUUUCAUCUUCUACUUUGGUACCACCUUCUUCCAAGAGCUUGGAACUAUUAAAAACGAGUUUUUAAUUUCCAUCAUUACAACCUUGGUGAAUGUUUGUUCAACCCCAUUAUCGUUCUAUACAGUUGAGAAAUUAGGUAGGAGAACAUUGCUAAUUUAUGGUGCUGUUGGUAUGGUUGUCUGUGAAUUCAUUGUCGCUAUUGCAGGUACAGUCGAUGGUAAAAAUCAUGAGACUGUCUCUGCCAUGAUUGCAUUUAUUUGUAUUUACAUUUUCUUCUUUGCCUCUACAUGGGGUCCAGGUGCAUGGGUUGUUAUUGGUGAAAUUUUCCCAUUGCCAAUUAGAUCUAGAGGUGUCGGUCUAUCGACUGCUUCCAACUGGUUAUGGAACUGUAUCAUCUCGGUCAUCACGCCCUACAUGGUUGGUGAAGACAAGGGUAAUUUGGGUGCAAAGGUGUUCUUUAUUUGGGGGUCGCUUUGUGGAUGUUGUUUGGUCUAUGCCAUUUUUUUGGUUCCUGAAACCAAAGGUUUGACCUUGGAGGAAAUCGACAUUAUGUUGAGCGAAACCAAUGCAUUUACAAGUUCCAAAUGGACACCACAUUUUGUUAAUGACAUUGACGACUAUCAAAAACCAAAAACCGAGCAUAUGGAAGACACAACUUCUGUUGUUUAG